UAACCCCACCUCCUCUUUAUAGAUGCCACUAAUUAGCCCUGCUUGUACUGUAUGUGGUUUGAUGUACUGUUUCAUGCACAUAACCUUAAAGCCUUGUUAAUGACCAAGGUAAAUGUUAGUGGCAAUCAUUUGCUUCGAGAUUGCGGCCUGAAUCAAACAUCUCCAAAGCCCUUUUCAUUUUCUGCUCAGAGGUUACAUUUCUGCAAGGUUUCCAUUUCCACAAUCUUGAUUUGUAGGUAGCUUUCCUGAACCCCCAAUGCUAGCUAUACCAGUGAAGUACUCCACUAUCUUUGACGUUGAGAGAACCAAGUCACUUGAAGAAGGCCAACCGUUGGAGCUGGAGUGUGAGGUUGCAGACUGCACCGAGCCGGUCUCCUGCCAUAAAGACAAAGGUGUAAAGCUCUCCCCACACAAUGAUUGGGAUGCACAGAGUAAUGGCACAUUGAGGAGACGCAGUAUCCCGGCUGCUGAGCUCUUGCACUCAGGGCGAUACAGCUGUGAAACCUCUGAUGAUACUAUUCAUUUCACCAUGGAUAUCGAAGCUCCUACGCUGCCGUUGUCACCAUCACCAGAGGUGGUGGAGUCGCAGUCGCUUGAGGCAACCUGCCCACCUGAGCCAACAUAUGAUGCCUCAGACCCUGCUUUGCAGGUGUCACUGCAGAGGAAUAAAGAACAUGCUUCUGACAAAGAGCCUAAUUUGGAAAGGGGAGGCAUCAAGAAGACCCUUGUUAUUGAACCAACUCACCCUUCAAAUUCUGGAGCAUACUAUUGUGCAACAACAGAUGAUGUUGCCAAACUAGUAGUAAACAAUCAAGCACCGCAUCCUGCAAAUCUGCUUGGUCCUGAUGUUGAGAAGUCCGAAUCUGCUGAAACGGAAGGCCAAAUCGUAUCGCAAUUUGAGAUUUCAGAUCCCAUUGCCAAAGCCUGUUGGUACAAGGAUGGAACCCAGAUUUACCCAAAAAUGGAAGCCGAAUGUGAAUCACAGGGCAGCAGCCAAACCGCACCCUUACAGUCACAUGACUGGCCUGGUGGUGGGAGUUUUGGCUGUGAUUCAUCGGCUGAUACACAGUUAAAUGUGGACCUGAAAGGUGGUGUUCCACAUUGUACCUGCACAAUUAAGAAUCAAGUAUUCAGUCACAGGCUUGAAGGUAUCACCCAGCUCAUUGUUUUCUCUUUGGCUUUGUCCAAACAGCAGAACAGUGUCACUGUGGUCACGAGAAUGGUGAAAUAGCUGAUGCAUCUGCCCAAUUCACUGUGGAUGUCGAAGGUGAUUUGAUAUAUUUCAACAUCAGUCAUCCAUCUUAACCCAGCAUAUAAAUGCCACUAACAGUGGUGUAUAUUACUGUUAGCUCCAUCAUCUGCGGCAUCUGCAUCUUUUUUUUUCUCCAUAAGUUGCUUUUUGUCAUAUUGAAUCUUGGUCCCAUGUCAUUUCCUGCCGUGUUUGGCUCUUAAUCAAAAUGUGGGUUUUAAGUAGCUGAGUAGCUCCUCCUCAUACUGACAUAUAUGUUGUGUUCGUCAAUAAUUCUUCAAUUUAACCACCAUCUUUGCUUUUAACAAGCAGCUUACCACUCUUAAAUCCAUCUUAAGCCUUCUUCAUCACCAGAU